AUGAAGGUUACUUAUAUUCCGCAAAAACAAAUUAGCACGAGUUGGGUUCCAACCCACGAGGACAAUUGUCCAUUGGAACUUAAGCCCAACGCCUUAACCACUCGGCCAUCGUUCUGCAACCUUCUCCUGAUAUCUUCUUCUAAUGAAGGUUACUUAUAUUCCGCAAAAAACAAAUUAGCACGAGUUGGGUUUCGAACCCACGAGGACAAUUGUCCAUUGGAACUUAAGCCCAACGCCUUAACCACUCGGCCAUCGUGCUGCAACCUUCUCCUGAUAUCUUCUUCUAAUGAAGGUUACUUAUAUUCCGCAAAAAACAAAUUAGCACGAGUUGGGUUCGAACCCACGAGGACAAUUGUCCAUUGGAACUUAAAGCCCAACGCCUUAACCACUCGGCCAUCGUUCUGCAACCUUCUCCCGAUAUCUUCUUCUAAUGAAGGUUACUUAUAUUCCGCAAAAAACAAAUUAGCACGAGUUGGGGUUCGAACCCACGAGGACAAUUGUCCAUUGGAACUUAAGCCCAACGCCUUAACCACUCGGCCAUCGUUCUGCAACCUCUCCUGA